CCUAUAACGAGCAUUUAAAGUCCAACUUAAGGUGGCAGAAAAAUUUUCGUGCUAAAAAGGAUUCGUUGAUGCAUCAGUGGUCCUAUAGUGGAGUCCGGCUCAUGGUGCACCUCAUUUUGUUCAUGUCAUGGGUGCCAAGUUCUUGGGUGAGGGGGCCGGGGGUGUCUUGCGUCAACCAACUGCUAUUUUCAUGGAGUUUCGCGUCAUCAUGACCAUUUUAAACUUGCUCAAAAUGGAGACGAAUGAUGUGUUAAUAGAAUUAGGAUUUCUUUGAAUGACCGAUUGUGCUAUUUUUGAUUUGCGUGUUCCAGGACAGAUUAUCUGUACCAAAAAAUCUAUUUUAAAUGAUGGAAUCUGCUGUUCUGACUUCGCAAAAUCAGUGCUGAGCUGCUACCAGACUCAUCCGGAAGUCGUAUUAUACGUUUUUGUUUGAUCCAUUUGUUGCUUAAUAUGUUUCGACCAUGAGGCCGCGGCACAGAACCUUAAUGGAACUACCAGAAGAAAUUCUAAACGAGAUCUUUCUGAGGAUGCCUGCAAGGUCUGUUUUAAUCUGUAAAUGUGUCUGUAAGCCCUUUUUGCGUAUCAUCAGACAUCCCGAUUUUGUAAACACCCAUCUCAAUCGUGUUAAGGACGUUGGGCGUGAUAAAUCAGAAGCACUCAUUUUGCAUUUUGGAAAGAGCAAGUACAGAGGAAGGAAGUAUAUCAAGAGAAAGCAACUAGGCUGCAUUCACUAUGAUCAUGUGAUGUUAUCUAUUGAUAAUGCGAUGAUUAAUGUAUAUAAGCCUUUUAGUCCUCCAGUUCCGUAUGUUGGGGAAGUUAAAAUUGUUGGUUCUUGUAAUGGAUUGAUUUGUGCUGCUAUUCAGUAUGAUAAUGAAGAUGGUGAUGAUUUUGUUCAUAAGUUCAGCAUUUUAUUAUGGAACCCUGUUACUAGACAAACUAGAUAUCUGCCAAAGCCGCGGUAUUAUAAUGGUGUGCAUGAUCCUUUUUUUGAAUUUGGUUUUGUCUCGGAAACUAACGAUCAUAUGGUUGUAAGAAUUUCAGAUGCUUUGGACCACAGGAUCCGAGCUGAUCUAUACAAGAUGAGUACAGAUUCCUGGACAGUUAUUGAUUGCACUUCAUUUGCUGGAAGGAAUACGGUUUUUCUAUGUAGUUUAUUUGGAGAUGAGUCUCCUGUGUUUUUGAAUGGAUCCUUUCACUGGGGCUCCUGGAAAUAUAUUGUUUCUUUUAAUCUGAAAGACGAGGAGUUGGGGCUGAUCAGUCUUCCCCCAUAUCUUGAUGAAUAUCGACCUGAUGCUGAUCCUGGAGUAGACAAACUUGCGGUGGAGGAGGAGGAAAAAUCAUUAAUGUACUGGAGAAUGGGUGAUGAUAAAUUGCAAAUAUGGGUCAGGACUGACUAUGAUUUUGAUGAUUCUUGGUGUCUCAGGCUCCAAGUUAACAUGUCACAUCAUUUAACCUCGUCGAGCUAUUGGAAAGAUUACUUGAUCAUAACCGAUCCAACAAGCACCCGCUAUUUAUAUGAUCUCUGUACCGGAAAUAAGAUGAAAAUUCCUGCUACAGAGACUUGGGAUUUAUUAGGUUUCUGUAAUUAUGUGGAAACCCUAUGUCCGGUAGAUAUGUAGAUGAAUAACUCUGUUUAUAAGGUAUAUCUUUGUUCAGUUUAAUUCUUAUAGAGCUAAUAUUCUGUAUUUUGUUUAC